CUUACAAGUUACGACCACCUUUUAUAUUUUAGCGCUUAAGACAAAUUCAGUGAAUUCAGUCAACCUCAAAAUUCAAGAAGAAAUCCUCUCUCCUUCCCCUGAAACUUAAGUGAAUGUUUUGUCCUUGAUUAUCUUCAGCAGUACGAGUUUAAUUGUACUAAUGGCUGCAAUGUGGGUGGUUUAUCGUGACUCUCUUGCAGUAAUCACUCGACCCUUCUAUCAGAGUUACGCUAGACACCAAAUUUGGAAUCUAAUAAGUAAAUUAGGGAUGCGCAUAAGGUGUUUGAUGAAAUGUUUGGGAGAAAUGUUGUUUCUUGGACGUUGUAUCAGUGUAUGGUUGAUGGGUAUGUUUAUUUUGAGGACUUGAUUAGUGCAGAAAGGGAGUUCGAUGCAAUGCCGAAGAGAAAUCAAGUUUCAUGGAAUGCCAUGAUAAUGAAGCAGAAUACUGAGAGGAAGCAGAGAGCUCAAGGGGGGAAGAAGGGAAAUUCAAAAGAGAAAGGAAGGAAGCAGAGGGGAACUGAAAUAAUAAUUGAUAACGUGGUAUAAACGUCAGGAAAAUAUUGUUGCGAGAAGUAUCUACGAUCAACCCAAUUACAACCACCUUUUAUAUUUUAGCGCUCAAAAACACAAUUCAACUCUUCCUCUCUAAAACAUUCAGCCUCUGUUUUCCAACACAAAAAAUUAAAGAAGAAAUUCUCUCUUCUUCCCCUGUAACUCAACUCUGAUCAAACCCAACACUAAAAUCUUUCAAGAUUGUGAACUCCAUGGAUAACAGGAAGGGCAAGGGCAAAGUAAAUGAAUCUAGAACAUACUGGGCUUCUUUUUUGAAUCCUGUAGAUGGUUAUGAUGGUGAUGUUGAUGUUGCGGACGAUAUUGGAUCAACAGUAAGGACUUCAGGGCAGAAUGACAACGAGCCUUCUGAUACUCGAAGAAUUCAACAGUCUAAUAGCCUAACUGGCUCGCAUUUGAAUCCUAUAGAUGUUGAUGUUGAGGAAGAUAUGGGAUUGAAUGACAAUGAUCCUUCUGAAACUCAAAGAAUUGGACCCUCUAAUAGGCUAAUUGGUAAUGAUUCUGGAAGGAAGAGAUCGAAUAAUGCUAAUAGCCUUACUGGUGAAGAUCCAAAAAGGAAGAGAUCCAAUAAUGCUAGCAUUUCAAAUGUUAAUCAACUUCAAUUUUUGAGUCCUACCUCUGCUCAAGCUCAUAUUUCAUCUCAUAUUUUGAGUCAGAUGGGAACUUCUCCAGAUAACUUUUUUAAUCCUUUUCCUUACCUUCCCGGAUUUCGACCUCCAUUGAAUCCUACCACCGCUCAAACUCCACCAUUUCAGUCGCAGCCUCGACCCACAGUUGAGCCAUCUCAAGGGCUGGGGUAUCAGCAACAACAGCAGCUAGGGCUAGUUUCUAGAACUAACAGUUCUGUGUCUCAAGGGCUGGGGUAUCAGCAACAACAGCAGCUAGGGCUAGUUUCUAGCACUAAUAGUUCUGUGUCUCAAGGGUUGGGGUAUAAGCAACCUGCUCCUCGUAGAAGCCUGAGGCCAAAUAUCAACCCAUAUCCAUCACAAGUAACGAGGCAUCAGCAAGUUGCACCUCGUAGAAGCCUGAGUCCAAAUAUCAACCCAUAUCCAUCUCAUGUAACGGGGUCUCAGCCACAUGCUCCUUAUAGAAGCCUGAGGAUGAAGGCUGAUAACUCACAUGCAUCUCAAGUAACGGGGUAUCAGCAAAUUGCACCUCGUAGAAGCCUGAGUCCAAAUAUCAACCCAUAUCCAUCUCAUGUAACGGGGUCUCAGCAACAUGCUCCUUAUAGAAGCCUGAGGAUGAAGGCUGAUAACUCACAUGCAUCUCAAGUAACGGGGUCUCAGGGAGUUUCUAAUAUUCAUUCUGGUUCAGUUCGACAAGUGCAGCAAGCCCCCCGACCUGGAACCAACCUUUCUCCAUCAGCACCUGAUUUAUUUCAGUCAUACGAAGAGUUUCUUCAGAGACAGGGAUCCUUAGGUAUUACAGGGGAGCUUUCCGAUACGCUGACUCAAAGGUUAACUGCAGCUAAUAGAGACUUGAACACGGAAACUACAGAAUCUGACAACACACAAGAUGAGCAGGAGAAUGCUGAUACAGAUACUUAACACUCAGUGGCCGUGUUUCAGAAAAUGCAGACCUUGAGUCUCUUCCUAUACACUGUGUAGCUUUAUCUCUUGUUGUCUCUCUCUGAUUUCACCUGAAAUUACCAAGCAGGCGUUAUCUGAAUUGUUUUGUAAAGAAUAAGGAGUUUUAAUUCGUGAUACGAGAAUAAGAAAACCAGAUUGUGAAUGUUACUCAGUUAGCAUGUAUAGAUAAAGCUAAUAGAUUGUUAUUUUGUUCCUGAUA